UAAGAUUUUCUUAUAAUCUCUGUGUUUGAGUUUUAACUUUUAAAUUUUAAGUACAUAAGUUCAUUGUAUAUUGUUAUUUGUUCGUACGUCGUACCUAAACUAAGUCUUAGGUAUCUUUACAUUUGAACUUUGAAUUAUGGACGGUCGAAAAAGGCUAAGUGGUGCUAAGUAUAAAAAAAAAUGCAUGCACUAAUAAAAAAACAGAAACAUACUGUUCUUUUAAACAGUUUUAUGAAAAUUCAAGAGAUGUUUAAAUCUUCAACAUUAACAACUGAAGUGAUGAACACAAAUGUUGCCAUACCUUGGAAAUGUCAUUCUUGUCAUUAUUUUGGGGUGAUAUUCUUAAUCAAUUUAAUAAAUGCAGUAAAAAACUACAAUCAGUUGAAAUUAAUUUGGGUACAGUCAUAGACAUUUAUCAGUCAUUAAUUACUUAUGUAAAUGACCUUCGUACAGAUGAAGAAUAUAUACGUUAUUUAAAUCUGGCAAUUUCAAUUUCAUCUGGACAUUUUAAGAACACAGUAAACAAGCGCAUAAAAAAAAGGAAAACAUUCAGUGACGAAAAUAUAGAUGAUGAAGCCAGCAACAGUGACAUAAAUUAUAAGAUAAGUACAUAUUUUGUUAUCUUAGAUAGAAUCAAAAAUGAGCUAGAAAAAAGAAAAAUAGCCUAUGAUCAGUUAUUUGAAAAGUACUCGUUUUUCUUUCAAUUGGAAAAAUUGAACAGCGUAGAAAUCAGAGAACAGGCAAAAUGUCUUCAAGAUAUAUAUGUUGAUGAUUUAGGAAGUUCUUUUCCCAAUGAAUGUGUUCACUUUAAGUCACAUAUAAAGAACCUCAAAGUUGAUGAAAGACCAAAAAAUAUUCAGCAAAUGCUUAUAUUUAUCAAAAAUAAUGAUUUUUCUGAAAUGUAUCCUUACAUUGUUAUUGCGUUAAGAAUGUUAUUAUGUACACCAUGUAGUAACUGUUCCACUGAACGGUCUUUUUCAGCUUUAAAGAGAGUUAAAUCAUACCUAAGAUCAAAUAUAAAAGAGGAAAGAUUAAAUGCGUUGGCAAUCCUAAAUAUUGAAAAUGACAUUACAACAAAACUAAAUUAUAACAAUGUUAUUAAUAAUUUUGCUACUAGACAAGCACGUAGAAGAUUUCAAAAGCUGAAAAAGACCUUUUGGAGGAAAAGUUUUUAAAUAACCUCAAUGUUUGAAUAAUGUUUAAUAAAAUUGCAUAAAUUAUUAUUAUUAUUUUUUUUUUUUUUUUUGGGGGGGUAGGGGCGGCAAAAAUACGUUGCCCCGGGGCGCAUAUUUUCCAA